AUGGAAGCUGCAGUUCAACCCGCCCAUCAAGGUGUACCUGCCUUGCCAACCCAACAACUCACACCUACCUCGAAGAAACGAAACUAUGACGGCGAGAUAGUCGACCAUACACUCCAUACUAUCACGCCUCCUGAGGAAACGCGAAGUAGUGGAAUACCCGUCACUCACUCUCGUUCUGGAUCGCCCGCCUUGAGCAGAGCCAGUACUGCUUUGACUGACAUUGGCUCCACGCCAGCCUUCAGUCCUUCUCCAUCCGACAUGGCCACUGAGACCAAGAAGAGGAAGCUGACUUUUGCCGAGCGAGAGGCUGCUGAAGCUGUGAAACGGGAGGACAAGGACGAAAAGGAGAGGCAGAAAGCCGAAAAGGAGAAAGUCAAGGCAGAGGCCAAGGCCAAGAAGGACGAAGAGAAGAGACGAAAGGACGAAGAAAAGGAAGCCGCUCGAAGGGCACGAGAAGAAAAACAGAAACAAAAGGAUGCCCUGAAGCAGGAAAAGGAAGCAGAAAAGGAACGGAGAGCCCAAGAAGCACUCAAGAAGGAAAAGGCACAAUUGCGCAUUGGUGCCUUUUUCGGCCGACCAGCCGCUGCUUCAACACCACCUGCCAGCUCGGAUGACGCUUCUGUCGGCACAUCAAGGAGAUCAUCCAUUGUAUCAAUCGAUAUGGGACCGAGUCUGGUAGACGCCAAACCAUCCAAGACAACGAAUCCGGAUUUCAGCAACUGGAUCUUGCCGUUCUUCGUCAAUGAACAUAUGGAACUGGCACCGUUCAACCGUUUCCGCUCCCAUACUAAUCCAUUUGACGAUCGGCAACUGGAAUUGAACCAGCCAAUCACUCCUGAAAAGAUCAACUUUCGAUUUCAGAAGCGUCGGCGGAUGAGACGGAUCAAACCAGUCAAGACGAUUGUGGAGGAAAUGAAUGCAUUGGCCGAUGAUGUGGUUGACCUGGCCCAACAGCUAGAUGAUCUUGCUGGGGUACCGUACAAAUAUUUCUUUUUCCGCGAAGAUGUCCGACCAGCAUAUCAAGGCACUUACACCAGGGUUGUAUCACCCCGUUCCGCACGCAAAAUUGCCCGCAAUCCAUCUCACCGAGGUCUUCCGGACACCAAUUAUGAUUAUGACAGUGAGGCGGAAUGGCAGGAACCCGAAGAAGGAGACGACGAUCUUAUGGAUGAGGAUGAGAAAUCUGAAGAUGAGGAUGCUGACGAAGAUAUGGAUGACUUUCUUGACGAUGAAGGAGAAGUCCUCAAGCGACAGGCUCUUGUCGGUGAUAUGGAGCCCAAGUCUAGUGGAUUGUGUUGGGAUGGAGAAGACUGCCAACCUGAAAAUGGUUUCGACUUGACCAUCUAUCGAAUGGAUGUGCUGCACGAUUCGACCACGUUUCCCAUCGACCCCUAUUCCACGACACAUUGGUCAGACAUCGGCAAGACAAGUCCGAAGAAACGUGCAGACAAGAUACAACCAUCGACCGCAAUUGCUGCCAUGCAAACCCCACGACCUCCUCUUGUGGCGGUUGACGGGAACAGUGCCACCUCUGUUUCGGCUUCGGCGUCGAAUCUGCUGGGUUUCGUCUCCACCCAAAGCCCAGGAGAAAACAACUUUUCAAUCUCAAAGUCUGCCACGAACAGUGCAGCAGCUGGAAAGAUACCCAAAAUGGUACCAGCGGACCUUCUUCCUGCGUUUAAGAAUGCUAUAUCUGGCAGCAGUUUGACGAAGGCCGGCAUGGUUGAGGUUCUCAAGAAGCAAUUUCCCAAAUGUUCCAAAGACGCCAUCAAACAUACCUUGGAGACGAUUGCCGAGAGGAAGGGAGUGAAGGAGGUUGACAAGAAAUGGGUGUUGAUUGAGUGA